AAUGACCAUUUUCUUUCACACUAUCCGAAAACAGAAUUAUCGAAUCCUUUUAAUUACAAAAAAAUUUACAAACCAUAAAAAUGUACAUAGUAAAAGUACAAUUUACCGAUUUGGAUUCAUAUCCAAAUAUCACUUUGAAUUUCGAUGAUUGUGAUCUUCAUCUGAAGCAUCAAUCCGAAGAACAUGGAGAAUGUCGAGGUUCCACAAGUAAUGAUGGUUCGGAUUAUCGUUUUAUAAUCAAAACGUAUCCACGAUGUAAAACGAUUCGUGAAUGGAAUCCACAAUCGUUACUUGUUGAUUUUGAUGAAGGAACCAUAAAAGCGAUUCCAUUCAAUACGAUUCUGGAUUUAAUUUUUACAUUGAAAGAAAAAACAAUAGAAAUUUUCCUCGAUCAACACGCGAUUCAAUAUCGCUUGGAAUUUACGGAUAAAAAUGAUGUUAAAAGCUUGUUGAAUUUAAUUCAAAAUGAACUACCAUGGUUCACAUGGGAUGAAAUAUUAUCCAAUCCAAUCGAUGAUUAUUAUGUACUGAAGAAUUCAAUUUUAUGGGAAAAGAAAUUCAAUAACAUAUCACCAAUCCAAUCUUCGCAGUCGCCUGCUUCUUCUUCUUCUUCGUCGUCAUCAUCCAGUUCAGAAAAAUCAAUGGAAAAAGAAAAUCCCGAUGAUGAU